AUGGCCAUCUCUGGAGCAGAGAAUGAUCCUCUUGCUUUGAUCAGUGAUGUGGAUAGUGGUUUAGAUGAUGAAUACUUCUCAGAUGAUGAAGGUCAUGAAACAGAUUAUAUCUCUGUCUGUGAUGAUGAUGUAGACAAAGAUGAUCUAAUCAAUAAUGAUGAUGACUGGCUCUGCAAUGAGAAGGAGCAUUCAUCAGAACACUAUCUUGAAGAGAAAGUCAAUCUUAACCCAUCCAGUCUUCAACAAUACUGCAAGUUUGUCAAGUGGAAUCCUGCUGAAGCAUAUGAUGCUCUCACCAUACAGUCCCUGGAAAGAUUUUCUCAGCUGGGUCUUGUCUACAAAUGUGAAGCCAACAAGAAGAUUGAUGAGAUGAUCAUCAGACAGGCUCAGGAUUUAUUGAAACUCAUUGCCGAUGAAAAACUCCUCAGCCGUCAGAAACGGGAGAAGGCGACAAUGUAUGUCCAGGACCUUGUGGAGUAUUGCCGUCUUGCUGGGUACACGGGGAAUCGACCAGAGGCAUUACUGAACCUUCGAUACCGGCAUUUGCAGUUGACCCUUGUCCGGGACCCGGGGAGUGAGCAUCCUCGUCUUGUGAUUGAGCUUACCGCUGAGUUCACAAAGGGGUUUCUGGGAAUGAAGGAUGCCAAUACAUUCCCGCUUCCGGAGGUCAUAUAUGAUCCCACACUCAUCCUGAGCCCGCAUGUCUUACUGCUGGGAAUGCUCUUCCACAUCAAGGCCUUCCAAUCGCCGAACAUUGACUGCCCAGAAAAUCUCUACAGCCUGAAUGUUCUACCAGGCUUAAAUGAACAGAGACUGCCACUUCGAGAGGAAUUAGCCAAUAAAUACGUCUUCUGCGAGGCAAUCCAACAAGGGGAGGUAGUCAGACUCGCCCUCGAUUUGAAGUACUCCUAUGGCAAACUGAAGUACCGAAUGAAGAAAGGCGGUGAGAUCACAGGCUUUUUCCAGAUCGUCAAGCCAUACGUGCUCCGUAAUGGUGCAGCAAAAGCAUACAAUAAAAGCCCGGAUGUCAGCGAGCCUCUCCAGAACCUAAUCCUUCAACAUUCCCGUAUUGACACACUUCUAAAACACUACCUUGACCGCAACAUCACAGCUGACGUCCUCAGCAUCUAUCGUGGCCUUGAACCACAGAAGGCUAUCAUGGACAUGCUGUGCUCGAUGAGCCGGUCCAUUGACCCUCGCCGACCAGCUUCACAAAAUAAACAAGAUUCUUCUCAAAUCCUUAAAUCUGCUCCGCAGGCCGGUCACUGGUUGUCCGCCCGCCCACUGCCUCCUCUUCGCAAUACAACCUCUUCAAAAAGAGUAGAGAGAAGGGUUGGAGAAAAAGAGAGCAAGGGUCUUUAUGAAAUCUAA